GAAAAGUUGGCAAUGACAGUCUCAUGCCUCUGUACAAGUAACGGAGAAGCAUUUCCCGGACAUGACAUGCUCUUAAAAAUUGGUUGUAAGCUUGGGGAGUGCAGAAUUGUUUUAUGUGAAUUGGGAGCAAAGCAUAGGUUGCAGAAGUUGCAGCUCAAUUUUCCGAGCUACUUUGAACUUUGGCUUUUAUGGUUCACCCUUUCAUGCAACUGCAUUACCAUCAGAAGAAAACCUUGGACUUUUCUGUGA